GUAUAUUUUUUAUUUUUUUUUAUUUUUGUUAUUUAGGUACCCCAAGAAGACCUAUCGGUCUUGUAACAGCUGUAGAAAAAAAAAUUUAUAGCAAAUUGCACAUUAUUGGCUGUUUACUUCAUCAAAAUGAACUUCCCUUUCGAGCUAUUUUUAAGUAUCUUGAUGGAGGCACUAAAAGCCCUAAUUUGUUUAGUGGUCCAAUCGGAAAACUUUGUGAAAAUAACUACCAAGAUCUCCCUCAAGUUGACUUCAUAAAAAUUAGCAGCCAUGUAGAUAACAUACAUUUUGAUGAAAAGACAUUAAAAGAUUUGAGUAGUGAUCAAAGACUUCUUUUAGAAUAUGUUCUUGGAGUUUCAAGAGGAAAUGUUGAUCAUAAAUGUGCAAAGUGAAAAGUUGGGCCAUUAAAUCAUGCUAGAUGGUUAACUUUGGCAAUUCGAUUAUAGUGUUUUUUUAGACUAGAGGCACUUAUCUUCCAGAAAUGCAAGAUAAGCUUCACCAAAUUAUAAAAUUUAUUGUGCAAGUGUAUGCAGUUAGCUGGUUUGAAAUAAAAUUGGAUAAUAAGUUUCACAAUCAGCAGUUAUACAUUUUCAGUAUGAUUAAAAGAACUAAAGAACAGUCUGAGGAAAUCAAAACCGCGUUAAAAAACUUGCAACACAAUGCUUUUGCUUUGCUGUCUGAAAAUAUAUUGUACUCCAUGAUGAAAUCAGAUGAAGAUAAAGUCAGAGAAGCUGCUACCAGAAAAAUUUUAAGUAUAAGACGUAUGAAAGUGCCUACAAAAAGAUUAAACAAAAUCACUGCAAUAAAAACUGAUGCAUAUCAUUGGUUGGAUUUAGCAGACGAAACAGGUAAUUGUGAGCUCUCACUGAACACAUAUUAUCUAAGCAUUUACAAGAAUCGUUGCUAAAUGGAACAAAGUUUGAGUUUCCGGUUCUGCCAUCUCAUACUCAGAGUGUAAAGAGAGCUGUGAAAAUGACAUUUGAAGCUUGCCAUACAGUGUAUAGAAUAAAAGCAAGGCAUAAACAUAUCAUUGCAAAAAAUUUAAGUCGUCAAAAGAGACCUAAUUUUUCUUUGAAGGGUUCGUAUUGUCAAAAGUAUGAUGAUCUGAAGUAUUUUAACAACAAAUAAAACCUUUUUAUUGGAGUUUUUUUUUUUUUUUUGUUUUUUUGAUACGGCAUAUUUAAAAAAGUAAAACGACAAAGUUACAAAUGAAACUCGUUUUGAUGCAUUCGCUUCUAUAAUUAGCUACUGUUUUUAUAUUUUUUUCAAUAAA